UUUUCCGAAGGACAAUUAUGGAUUACUUGGAAAUGUAACAAAACCAGAGACUCAAGAGGAGAUAUUGAUUCCCUUUAGAUCUGUUAGGUGGUGUGACAAUAACACCAAUUCACAAAAACCUUCUACUACUAACUGUGCAGAUGAUAUCCUUGAGAAAGUAGACAAAACAAGUGUGAAUAUAGUAAUAACAGUAGAAGAAGAGUCUGAAAACCUCAAGCACAUGGCAAAUUACCUAAGGAGACUUUAUUAUUGGUUUCUUUUGGGUCCAGUUAUCACACUCGAAUGGCUCAGACGGAAGAAGAAAUUCUGUUGCGUGACUGGCAUAUCACAACAAGUCGUUGAGGAGUCCACAGUUGGCAACGCGGAAACUGAGGAGAGUCCGGAACAGAACAUACACGACAUCACUGGUGAAGGAAAUGAAGAUGAAUCACAACCUUUGAUCAUUAUAAUGGACACUAACGCUGCUUCGACAAGAAAUGACAACGUUGGUAGAUGUAGAAUUGUAGUUUCCAUGACGAGGAUAUUUGGAAAAGUGUACAAUUUCAUGUGCACAGUUUGCAAUUUUCUUUUUAUUAUUAUCCUCAACAAGCACCAAGUUGUCACAAGGUAUGUGUUCUACAUUAGUGUAUGUAUGAUCUGUGCUUAUGUUGAAAGUAACAUAGUGGCAGUGUUUUAUUUCAUUCUCAAUUCUCAAGGCGCCCUUAACAACUUAAAACUCACUGCUCUUCGCACUGUAGCACUUGGCCUUACUUUGAGUCUGAGUUUCAGUUCUUCCAUGCACAUUAUCCGCAAACUUAUGAAGCCACAGGAGUCCUUGUUUGAGGGACUCUCAGAGAGGUGAAUAGACAUGUUUAUCACUGAGCAAUUUUUAAGAUCUGUUUUUACGAUUAAAUGUAGGUAACAAAAAUUCGAAACCAUUCCAAGAUUUACCAGCAAGCUUGGGUCUAAUUUUUCUCAGAAAAUGUAAUUUCUGGAAAGGCCUGCCAUCAAAUGGCCUUUUUACAGACUUGUUCAGAGAAAGUGUCAAAUCAUCUGAUUGUUUAUAUGCUAUCGAUUGUAGUUGGAUUACGUUUUAGCUGAUUUUUAUCAGGAGAAAUUUUUUUACUAAGGGUGACUGGGCAAAAAUUGAAAACAAGGUCUUGGAAAAAUAAAACUAAACCAAAAGAAAGAGAAAAUACAAAUGAAAAAAAGCAUAGUAUUACUUGAAUUUCAUUAAGAGAAUGAAAUAGCCAGAAAAAAGUUAGGACCAUAUUUACUUGCUCUACUAAAUCUGUAAAUUGAAAUGUAGUGUUACUUGCGCAACACAUUCUAUUUUUGUUUGUUCAGUUAUUACUCAUUAUCAGUUUUGUUACGUUUAGCCUUUAUUAUUCACGCCGUGAUUGCUAGGAAUCAAAUUUCGUUACAUAACCUUUGAAAUCGAUAUAAUCAGCAACUACUACGCUUUUAUUUUAUCUAUUGAGUUAUGUGCAUGAUCCGUUGUCCUCUUGCUAUCGUAAGUUUUUGAAGCUAUCUCAGCUAUUGAUUGCUACCCGCAGGAGCAUUAGAUCAAAGUAAGUCUAAGUUGUAAUCAUUUUGUUUCAUUUAUAAGAUCUGUGUUUCUUAUAAGUAUCCUUGAUUUAUGUUGUAGCAUUAGCUUAUACAUAAGCCUUUCCUUUUCCUUUUAAUCGUGUGCCUUUUGUUCAAAUCACACAACCACAAUCUCAAUUUUGUCAUGUCUUUUUCCUGUACUAUUUGAUUUGCAGCUUCCUCCAAUUAACAUUCUGAUUGAUUUAACUUGAUUUCUGUGGAAUUUUUAACUUUUCAACGUGUGUUCGAAUGUUCAAGACCCUGGGGUCAAAUUUCCCUUAACUCACUCUGCACGUGACCGCCCUGGAAGGUCACAUAUAUAGUCAGGUUUUUGGUACAACUGACACAUUUCCUUGAAAACAAGAGAAGAUUGCCAUUUUGCCAGUCACAUUAAGCUAGCUUUAUCAGUCAGCAAUGAUUCUAAGUUCUACGGUUAAAGGACUAAACAUAUUAAGUGUCUUGUUAUAGCAUCAUGGAUAUGAUCAUUACACAGUUACCAUUUCUAGUGGCUUCAUUUCCAAUUUUCUGGCUAGCCAGAGUCAACACUGGUUUCAGGGACUUCCUGUAGUACGAUGUAAAUAAAUACAUCAGAAGCUACCUUAAUAUCAUAUUUCCCUGUAAAUAGGAUUUUUAGGCCCUUCCUCCUAUUGUGUUAUUUUUGAAUAGUCAAGCAGUCCCUUAUGAUUGCAUGACAGCAUAAUGGCGAUAAAUUAAAUGAGCCCCUUCAUGAUCUGCGGCAUUACAAAAAUCGGGACAUUUAGUGCAUUUGCGCCAUUCAUCCAUUGUCUCACCAGGUGAGAGGGUAAAAUGAACAUUGUAGCCUCGACCCUUCUAGGUGAUGCAGGUACAUGUAUGUCAGAUGCUCAGAUAAGAGCCUUUGAAUAAUGGAAGUCUAAUGUAUUUCUCAAAUACAUCUGAAAUGCUUUCCUUAUUGUGAUAGUUAUUUUCAGCCAGGUUUAAGCUACUAACUCAGAGUUGAUGAGCUGACUUGCAAGGGUAGCAGUCUCCUUUUUCAUAUAAAUUUCCUUUUUUUUUUAUUUCAGUUGAGUUGUUCUUAGCUAGGUUUAAAGCAGCGUCCAGUGGGGGAGUUUGCUGCUGUACAAGUAUUAACUCAGAGAUGAGCUGACUUGCAAGGGCAGCAGUUCCUGGCAGCUCUGAGUUAGUUGAUGACAAUGACCAUGAUAAAAAUUACGAAUGCGUUUUAAAGAAAACUUUGUUAGUUUUGUUGUUCAAUGUGGUUUAAAUAAUAAAAAUGUUCUUUGUUA